UCUGGUGCUAUGGAGGAGCCUAAGGCUAACCCUCAGCCCUACUUGGGGCUAGUCUUGGAGUUGCUGCGCAGGGUUGUGGUAGCACUGCCUGAAGGUAUGAAACCAGAUUCCCAUCCUUAUGAUUUUCCAUGGGAAUUGGUGAUACGGGCAGCUGUUGUGGGAUUUUUUGCUAUUCUCUUCUUGUGGAGAAGUUUUAGAUCAGUUACGAGUCGGCUUUAUGUGAGAAGAGAGAAAAAGCUUGCUUUGGCACUUUCUGGACUAAUUGAAGAAAAAUGUAAACUACUUGAAAAAUUUAGCCUUGUUCAAAAAGAGUAUGAAGGCUAUGAAGUAGAGUCAUCUUUAAAGGAUGCCAGCUUUGAGAAAGCGACAACAGAAGCACGAAGUUUGGAGGCAACCUGUGAAAAGCUGAACAGGUUCAAUUCUGAACUUCAGCAUGAUAUACUCUGUCUAGAAAAAGAGUUAAAAGAAGAGAAAUCUAAACAUUCUGAACAAAAUGAAUUGAUGGCAGAUAUUUCCAAAAGGAUACAGUCACUAGAAGAUGAGUCAAAAUCCCUCAAAUCACAAGUAGCUGAAGCCAAAAUGACUUUUAAGAGAUUUCAAAUGAAUGAAGGACGACUGCAGAUAGAAAUACAAGAUGCUUUGAAUGAAAAUUAUCAACUUCAGGAAAACCAGAAACAGCUUUUGCAAGAAGCUGAAGUAUGGAAAGAACAAGGGCGUGAACUUAUUAAACAGAAAAGAACAUUUGAAGACUCCAAAGUACACGCAGAACAAGUUUUAAAUGAUAAAGAAAAUCACAUCAGGACUCUGACUGAACGCUUGCUAAAGAUGAAAGAUCAGACUGCUACGCUUCGAGAAGACAUAACGGUUGAUGAUAACUUGGAAUUAGAAAUGAACAGUGAAUCGGAAGAUGGUGCUUACUUAGAUAAUCCUCCAAAAGGAGCUUUGAAGAAACUGAUUCAUGCUGCUACGUUAUGUGCUUCUUUAAAAACCUUAGAAGGAGAAAGAAACCAAAUUUAUAUUCAAUUAUCUGAAGUUGAUAAAACAAAGGAAGAGCUUACAGAGCAUAUUAAAAAUCUUCAGACUGAACAAGCAUCUUUGCAGUCAGAAAGCACACAUUUUGAAAGUGAGAAUCAGAAACUUCAACAGAAACUUAAAGUAAUGACUGAAUUGUGUCAAGAAAAUGAAACGAAACUCUACAGGAAAUUAAUAGUAGAGGAAAAAUGCCGAUUAGAGAAAGAAGAGAAACUUUCUAAAGCAGAUGAAAUAAUCAGCCAUGCCACUGAAGAGCUGAAGGCCUACAGAAAGCGAGCCAAAGAUCUUGAAGAAUUUGAGAGAAUUAUUCAUUUUUAUCGAAGGAAGAGUAUUCUCCAUAAGAAAAAAGCACAUAAUAAUUGGUUGGCAGCUUGGACUGCUGAAAGAAACCUCAAUGAUUUGAGGAAAGAAAAUGCUCACAACAGACAAAAAUUAACUGAUAUAGAGUUUAAAAUAAAACUUUUAGAAAAAGAUCGUCAUGCACUUGAUGUUCCAAAUACAGCAUUUGGCAGAGAGCAUUCCCCAUAUGCUCCCUCACCAUUGGGUCGGCCUUCAUCUGAAAUGGGUCAGCCUUCAUCUGAAAUGAGAGCUUUUCUCUAUCCUCUGACUUUGUUGGAGGGUCCACUGAGACGCUCACCUUUGCUUCCAGGGGGAGGAGGAAGAGGCCUAGCAGGCCCAGGGAAUCCUCUGGACUGUCAGAUGACCAAUGAAAGAGGAGAAGCAAGCUGGGAUAGGUUAACCAGUCCUCACAGGGCUCCUUCUGGCACUGGGCCCCUGUCGCCUCUGUGGGAACAGGACUGUAGGAUGGUGUUUCCUCCACUGGGACAGUCAUAUCCUGAUUCAGCUUUUCCUCCACAAGGGCAAGACAGAUUUCAUUCUAAUUCUGCUAGACGCUCUGGACCAGCAGAACUCAGAAGUUUUAAUACACCUUCUUUGGGUAAAUUGGAUGGGUCAAUGCCUUCAGAAAUGGAAUCCGGUAGAAAUGAUACCAAAGAUAAUCUUGGUAAUUUAAAGGUGCCUAAUUCAUCUCUUCCCACUGAAAAUGAAGCAACUGGGCCUGGCUUUAUUCCUCCACCUCUUGCUCCAAUCAGAGGUCCAUCGUUUCCAGUAGAUACAAGAGGCCCGUUCAUGAGAAGAGGACCUCCUUUCCCUCCACCUCCUCCAGGAACCAUGUUUGGAGCUUCUCGAGAUUAUUAUUAUUGUCCACCAAGUGUUGUCCCCGGUCCACCACGUGCUCCAUUUGCAAUGACAAAUGUCUAUCCACCGAGGGGUUUUCCUCCUUACCGUCCCCCAAGACCUGGAUUUCCACCCCCCACCACCACAUUCUGA